AUGUGUUACUACAGCAACUAUUAUGGUGGCCUGGGCUAUGGCUCUGGUGGCCAGGGCUAUGACUAUGGUGGCCAGGGCUAUGGCUAUGGUGGCCUGGGCUAUGACUAUGGUGGCCGGGGCUAUGGCUAUGGUGGCCUGGGCUAUGGCUAUGGCUGUGGCUAUGGUGGCCACGGUUAUGGCUGCUGCUGCCCAUUGUGCCAUGGAAAAUACUGGUCUUAUGGCUUUUACUGA